AUGCCAGGUUUUAUCUCUCCAUACCGAGGUGUUCGAUAUCAUUUGAAAGAACAUUCGGGUAAAACACCUAAGAAUAGAAGAGAAUUAUUCAAUCUAAGACAUUCUUCAUUGAGGUCUAAGAUUGAAUCUGCAUUUUGCACAUUGAAAAAUCGUUUUAAGAUUUUGUGUGCUAAGCCGUAUUAUCCUUUUCCUAUACAAGUAGAUAUCGUAUUGGCAUGCACGAUACUCCAUAAUUUCAUUAUAAUUGUGGAUCCAAGUGAUGAACUACUCAACGAUGAUGAAUUUAAUGAAGAUAUUGAUGGUGAAGUGGCUUUCGAGAGUGAUACUAAUUUAGUUAAUUUUACUCAAAAUCAAACCCAAAGAGAGCAAACUGAAUCAAGAAAUGAGUGGAAGACUCUUAGGGAUGACAUUGUUUGGGCGAUGUGGGUGAACUACUGUGAUAUGUAUAAUCAUUGUGUAACCACAGUGACUUGA